AUGCCAGAAAGUAUUCUUAGCGACGAACUGACUGCUUUCCCCGACGAAAGUGACGCCGAGGAAGCGAGAGAUGACGAGGCAAUGCCGGAUCUGUACUACUAUGUUGGAACGGACGGCCGAACGUACCAAGGCUACAUGCCAGGAGAGUAUCUGCUGCCGAACGACAGUGCCGAACAAGAUCGACUGGACUUCUCACACGAGAUUUACCGCCUCAUCCUGGAUAAUAAAUUGGCUGAGGCCCCAAUACGAUCACCGGAGUACGCUCUUGACAUCGGGACAGGAACAGGUAUAUGGGCUCUACAAUUUGCUGAAGAUAACCCAACUUGCCAUGUCAUCGGAACAGACUUAAGCUCCAUUCAACCUUUGUCUUGGAUGCCAAAUUGCCAAUUCGUCCAAGAGAACUCGGAGCUGCAGGAAUGGGUGUUCCCCAACAAGUUCGACUAUAUCCACCUACGCGGGACGAUAGCAUGUUUCAACGACGUGACAACAGUAAUGAGAAAGGCGUUCGAUGGCCUCGCGCUCGGCGGGUGGAUCGAGUUCCAGGAUGCCUGCUUCGAGAUACAAGGCCUUGAGAGCGGUAAAUUUCACGGCACGGCGAUGGAGCGCUGGAGCAGGCUCGUGCCAAAAGGAGCAGCGGCUCUUGGUCGCAACCUGGCGAAGGCUAAGCUAUACAAAACGCAGCUGGAAAAUGUGGGUUUUGUAGACGUGCAUGAGAGGGUUAUCCACGUCCCUGGUGGGCCCUGGCCCUCGGGGGACAAGGCGAAGCUUAUCGGUGUCUACACGGCCAAUGCGUUCCACACUGGCGUGGUGGAUAGCUUCAAGAACUUCCUCCUUGCUGCGGGCGAGAUGUCCUCUGCUGAGGUGGACAGUCUGACCACCCAGGUCAAGAAGGACAUCCGGGAUGCCAGUAUCAGAUGGUAUAUUCCAAUGUACGUCGUGUACGGAAGAAAACCGUAUAAUGGGGAGGCAGAAGAGUAA